ACAUUUUUUUAAAACAAAUUCUGCAGUAAACACAUACCUAUCCGCAAAAUGAUUGCUAAGAUCGUUACUAUCUUCUUCUUGUUUGGUCUGGCUCAUGCCGGAAACAUUGGCUAUGGAUCUCUUGGAUAUAAUGGUCUCGGCUAUGGCGGUCUCAGCUAUGGUGGUCUCGGCUAUGGCAGUCUCGGCUAUAGCAGCUUAAGUUAUGGCGGUAUUGGCGGUUAUGCCGGAUAUGGCGUUGCCCCGGUCGCAGCCGCUCCUGUCGUUGCCGCUCCUGUUAUCGCGACUCCAGUUGCAACCAAGAGUCUCGCUUCUCCUUUAGCUGUAGCUUCAUAUGGUUAUAACCCACUAGCAUAUGCUGGAUAUGGUAAUUACGGAUAUGGCAGAUUAGCAUGGUAAACUUUAUCUUUUCUUUAAAAACUUUUUUUUUCUUUGUAUGAAAUAAAAAUAUCUAAUAAAAUUUAUUCAUUACAA